UUCAGCUUCGUCCAAAUCGGGGACAAUUUGAUGGUCGUAAGUCGCUCUGUGACCUACUACAUGAAGUAUUCCGCUAGCUUAUACCCUCGAUUUCCCGACCGGCUAGGAGUGCACAAAAUGUAGAAGCGAGAGGAUAACUGAUCCAUCAAUAUAGUUUUAUCCGUUUAUGUCUCGAUUGGUGAUCAAGUGGAUCAUAAAAGGCAGAUAAAUAGUGAAGUAUUGGCUUCAAUAUUCGGUCAACAUUUUGCCGACAACCUUAUAUAGAUUACAUUAAGAAGAUGGGACGCAAGGUCAUUUUGGGAGAAUUGUUAUUGACAUAUCGCGCUAACUAACCCUUAACUUGAUUAAUUGACACUAUCGAUAUCUCGUAGUUGAAAGAUAUCAUUUCUCGAUGGACGCGCAGUAAAAGAAUCUUAGUGAACUGUGCGCUAGCCAAACCUCUUAAAUAGUUGACGUUUUUAAUUUGUGAUUAAAGGAAAUGGAUCAUUUAUUAUAUCAUAAAGUUAUAUUGUUGUUGUAUGAUUCAUUGAUCUUUGGUAAAUCAAGCAAAAAUACCAUUAAUUCAUUGAUGUAAGGCAAAUAUCAUUAAAUCCUGUAAUCAAUGCUACAACGUUUGUUUUAGUCACUUAAAUUUUCGUUAACAUAUGGUUAAUGAUAACACAGAAGGCAAAAACAAAUUCAAGAUGGCCUUUAUUAGUUGAUCAAAAAUACCGCGCUCGUGCUAUUAAAAGCAACAUGCUAUCUGCUUAUGUCAAAUUUGACAAAGCGAAAAUUCAUAAAUUAAGAGACCUGUUCUCGACGAAGAAGAGGUUCGAAUUCAAGAAUCCGACAUGAAGUAUUCUUGGCAAUUCGACUAAAAUUUGCGUUGACAGACGAAAGCGCUUAAGAGACAUGUGCAUGUUGUUGAUAACUAUUUAGCUUAGAAAAACACCCCGAAGCCCCAGUUAACCAACACGAAAUACGAUGCUUGUUAUUUUUUACUUUAUACGGACGUCAAAAGCAGCAUACGGUCACAUUACCAAAGAGAGGGGCGAGCAAAGUUCGUGAAACGGACCCACACAAAACACAGAUUUGAAAGCAGAAAGAGGAAAAGGGUCGGCUCUCUUUUAUGAAGUGCGUCAAAUACUCACGUAGCGUGUAUAAGUGUCAGAUAACAAUAGCCUCAAUAGUUGACUUGUGUUAUAAAGUUCCUCAGAUCUUUACAACAAAGCAUGUUCUAGGUGUGAGGAGUCAAAUUGCGCUAAGAAACUAUUUUUGUCGCCAAAUUAAAGUUGAAAAGAAUAAGUGGACCGAGCCAAAAACGGUGUGUAUUCUUGGUGUUUGGAUAAAGAUUUAGCGAACGGAAGCGCCAUGUGAUUUCGCAGAGUUCUGGCUAGCAACAAUAAGAGAUUAAAGAGAAGAUAAGUUGGAUAUAGACAAAAAAAACUGGGAUCAAAUCCAAUAAGAUUUGAAGUAUAAGACCAAAGAGUAGUAACAGCGCACAGGCGAGGCAACAUGGUUGUGAAAUUCGGCGAUCAGAACGUUGGUAAUGGUUGCAAAGGAAUUCGAGAGACGGCAACGGAGCGUGACAAUGCUAAUUCGACUGCGUCCAGCAUCUUUGCCUCAGACACUCAAACGGCACUCGGACGUCGAAGACCAGCAUUCGGUAAUUUCUCCCACAAUAUCGAAUCUACGUUGGUCGGCAAGCGGGAAUACGAAUAUCGAACGCCGGAAUUAAAUGAUGGCAUUCAAACGAAUCAUAUAGUACCUGUCUAUACAAAUAUGUCUGUGAAUGAAGGUAUAGUUGUCACGGAAGCUGAUCGUACUGGGAUCGUAGUCCGUCGGAGGCCCUUGCUCGAUUCGAUAGACCGGCAAAAUUCGCCGCGAAAUUCAACCAAAUACGAAAAUGAAUAUGAAUGUAUGUCAAGCCCGGACACAUUUUCGAAUUCAAGCAGCAAUAGAAGUAGCAGCGCGAGUUCGCAUUACGGAAAUAUUUCGCCUGAUACUCUGUCGCUUGCCUCGUUUGCUGGUCGGCUGAACUUCGGCCGCUUUAGCGUAGGGAGCAAGCGAAGCAGUCAAUCGAGCAGUGCAUCAUCUCAGGAUUCUGGUAGGCAAUCGUGGGGAAAAAUACGGGAUAGUUUCGAUCUGAGUGAUGCGUUAGUUCCAUCAAUCAGAAGAACAUCUGGUGAACAUGCCUACGAGAACACAAAAUCACUCGCACCGGAUAAUUCUAUGAGAGUCUUAAAAUUCGAAACCCAUCAAAUGGAGGUCACAGACCACGAAGAGCCGCCACCGCUUCCAACUCGACAAAGUCAGCAACAAAUUCCUACUCCGUCGAAGGAAGAACCAGAAAUGAUAUUACCCUAUAAAGUUGUAGACUUGGACGAACUGCAGAGAAGUUUGGAAGACAUAGAACCGUAUUAUGUACACAACGGUUCAGAGGAUGCCCAUCGAGAUUUCUAUAACGAUAUACCUGACCCAAACGAUAAGGACGUGGAGUUAGAUGACAAAACUGAAGAAACAAGUGAUUUUCGACCAAAGUUACCCCCAAAAGCGAGGAGAAAAAACUUAACUCACAGCCAGUCUGAUCCGGCGUGUUUCAGCUCGGCUACUGCACUAGAAUUACCCGUUAAAGACAAGCCAAUUCCUCGUCCCAGACAGAGCGUAAUUCUGAGUGAUUUGGCACAAUUACAACAAGAUGGUACUGUACAGAACUCAAAAGCAAAUGAAAGUGCCGACCUGCCAGAGCGAUCAAUGUCAACAGCUACUGGUCACAUAUCCCGUCGACAGAGCCCGCCAAGCGGUUCAAAAACUCGGCGCAGUUCCACAUCACCGCACAAAAAUCCUCGUCCAAUGCGUUCAGCACCACGGCCCCCUCCACCUCGUUCUUCUUCACCAGCGCAAAGAGUCUCCUCUACCAGACCUGUCUCCGAGAUGUUUCCUCGGGGUAAUACUGACCCGAGCUCGCCUAUGGAGUUGAAGCGUUCUAUGACUGUCUCACUUUUGCAAUCGCCGUUUAAUAGAAGGCCGGUGGAAUCUCUUUGUGAAGAAAAAACAGGCAGUGAGAAUUCUGUUGAAAAUUCCACGACAUUUUCCUCCAUCGAACCAAAUGAUGAAAAGAGCAAAGAAGAUACAGCAAAGGCAUCAAAAACGAGCGCGUUUUUCAAAAAGGCGCUUAGUACACUUAAAAUACCGGGUACAAAAAAGACGACAAAGAAGGAAUUAGCAAUAAGUCCACCUAGUGACUUCACAAGUCUGUAUCAAACUAGAUUAACUACUGACUACUCGAACCGUGAACAAAAAACAAUUUCAUAUUUCGCCACCGACGAUAUUGCUGGAGAAUCUGCUGUGGAGGUGGUUGAACCCGAUAACGUGGAGUGUGAACCGACCACGAAAGACCCCGAAGAACCUAUGGAACAACUUAGUUUCCAUCCGGAGUUCACAGGAUUACCUCUAGUAGAUACAGACCACCCCGGUGAUCGAUUGUAUUACAAUUUUCCCAUCUCGCCAUCCUUGGUCGAUACUACAGAAAAAUUGCCGGUCCCAAGAAAACCUCCACGUAGUGGUUACGUACAACCCUCUUUAUCUCAACUAACGAAGGAACGCGAAGAAGAAAUUAGUCUCAAUAAAAUACCUGAACUAGGUCCCUUACCAACUCCACCCGACGGUUCUGGAAGCUCGAGCGCAUCCCCUAUCCAAACUCCUGAAUGUGAAGCGCGCACUUUAAAGAUUACCGCUAAAGAUCGAUCCGGUGAAGUCACACCAGAAGAUCACAUAUAUAGUGUAACGACACCAGACUCCGACGAUCAAAAGGAAAGUAUAGGCAAAGUCCUGGGGAAGCCUAAACCAGAGGUUCCACGUAGACCAAGUACGCUGAAAUUAAAACCGAAAAUUCCGAACAGACCCGUAUUGCAGUCAAUUGAAAAACCAACGCCAAUACCACGAAGUUCAACUCUGGACAUAGCUACCAUACGCAAAAGUCGAAAAGAAUCGCUCCGUCGAAAUAAAGAACGCCGACAUAGCACACCAUUGGAAGAAUCUUCGGGGCUGUCCCGCAGUUGCGACUCCCUAGAUGACGACUUCCUGCGUGAUAAUAACAUCACGGAUAUGCACUUGAUUGUACUAAAGGACAUACUACGAUGCUGGCAAAAUAUGCUUCGUAAACCAACGAUUAGUUUGGCAGGUGCGUGCUGGGAAGAUUUUGAGGCAAUUGAGUCCGAAUCGUGGCCCAAGGUUUCCGAAGAUCAGGAUAGUGUAUCAUUGCCAGUGAGAUUAAGAGAAGAGUCGACGAUUUUGGAUUCCAAUAACUGCUGUGGACAGUAUAUUGCGAAGAUUAAAUGCAAAUCCCAAGUAAACGGGAACACAAAAUCACCGUUCGACCAAGACUACAGCGUUUGUACGAGCGUACAAUCUCACGAAAACGUCUCGCGAGUACUGGCUUAUUUUCGUGGAGAAAUUCGAUCUUCUAUAUUAGGCAUGGAAAACGACACAUCACCUCUGCACACGACAAUUUCAAUCAGCGAUCAUGUUCCUUCUCAAACCUGCGUAGAAUUUGUCGCACAGUCAAAGGACGCGCAUUCCAAGGACCCGUUGGGAUACGAAAAAACAGUAUGCAUGUUAAUGUUACAAUGCCUUAAAGGUGUUGCGCAUUUACACAAUUCUGGUUUUACCCAUGGCAAUCUAAACCUAAGAAACCUAUUUUUGAUCAAACAUACUAAUGAUUUUCAACUUUUGCUUGGAAACUUUGGAAGGUCUCAGUCGCUCUCAAAGGAACGUCGUGGUAGUCACGUGUACACGAAGAUCGAUGAUUCGCCGACAGAACUUAGCGGUGAUACUAAUGAUUUUAUAGCAAUUUCAGAACUUUUUACUGCCAUGUUGCAUCAAGAUCACAAUGGGAACGGUACUCAUGCGUCGGAAGUCCGACACUCAACUCUUUCAAGGUACCUUCGCACAGCGUCGGAAAGACUUCGUGAUGGGUCUGCUCUUCCCGAUCAGGUGGUGUGCUUGUUACAGGCAUUGCUCUGGGGGCCUUUUAAACCCGAGGAAAACAUCGUUAUCAUUAGUGAAAGUAGAAUGAAACAUUGGCUAGAUAGACAACGUAGCGAAUUCAUAGCAAGACUAGCAAUGGAUGAGGCUUUAGCGAGAACAGUUGGUGGACACUCUAGAAAGUUUUCCAUGGAGGAUUUACUGCUUUGUGAAUAUUUAACUGUCGCGACGCCGAGUUCAUUAGUGAGGACAGAAAAGUGCUGGUUUCUAGCUACAUGAUCUUGGAUCUAUUGAUUUAUUUUAGGUCCAUUGUUAAAUCUAGUUAGGUUUUGUGAAUCCACAGAAGUAGUGAACAAAUUUAAAGACUGAUUCAUUUUAUCUCUGAUCUAUUUCUAAUAUUGUUGUAUAAAAAUUAAAUUAUUUUGAUGACA